CCGCAUCCCGCCCCGCGUCCCGCCCCGCCCGUCCGGUCCUUCCAUCGUCUCCCGGGCGUGGGGCGGGAUGUCGGGGUGCGGGUCUGCCCCGCGGCCGCCGUCGCCGUUGCUGGUGCGUUUGGGGGCGGCGGGGCGCGGGGUCCCGGAGCGGCGGGUGCGGUUGAACCUGGAGAAGCACUUCCAGAGCAGGAGCCGGGCGGGAGGAGGAGACUGCGAGGUCCGGCCCGGACCCCAACCCGAGGACUUCUUCCUGCACUUCCACAAGCCCCAAGCCAAGGAGGGGGUCCUGAGCCAUGGACCUCACACGAUCCUUAUCGGGUCCGAGCUGGUGGAGCUGGUGCUGGAGGCCUGCCCGGAGAAGGUGCUCCUGGCCCAACCCCCGGAGCGGGCACCAGCCGGGGCCGAUCCGGAGGCCCGCCCGGAGGAGGGGCUCCGGGCCCGGCGGCGGGAUCCAGCCGGGGCGGAACCGGAGGCCCGCCCGGAGGCAGCCGCGUCCCCCAACGACAAGCUCUUCGUGAAGGUGACCGCCCACCUGAACGCCGGCCUGCUGUCCAAACGGCAGCGGGAGGAGGCGGCCGCCCGCUGCGCCCGCCUCGACCUCCGCCGGGGCCCGCAGGGCAUCGAGGCCGUGGACGGCGACUUGGAGGACGUAGCCGAGCUCCAUCGCCUCCUGAAGCAGCAGCUGUUGGGGAAGGACGAGGACCGCAAGCCGUCCCCUGAGCGUGGCCCCGAGCUUCCCGCCCGAGACCCCGGCCCCAAGCCUUCUUCCCUGGACAGCGGGGGACCCUCGCCCCCCAUGGUGGUCCCGCUGACCCUCUACAGCUACUUCAGGCACGCCUUCGCCAAAACCGUGGACGAUCUCUGCUCCCGGUACCACGUGGCCAUCCGGAUGGAGCGAGACCUCCCGGGCUCCGCCAACCUGCGCUUCGUCCCGGACGGAUCCCCGGCGGCGGCGGCCAGCGAGGCCUUCGCCGAGGCCUUCAAGCGGGCCACGAGGGACCUCGCCCACGAGCGGUUCCCCGCGGGCCCCGGCCUCCGGCCCAAGGAGGCCGUGCGGGCCCUGGCCGGCCGCUUCCCCGGCCUCCUCGUCUGGGCCGAGGGAGGGGACGUGGCGCUCCUGGGUCCCCCGGGAGAGGUGGCGACCGCCCGGAGGGAGGCGGCCGAGGGGCCCGGGGUGGGGUCGGGGCCGGUGGAGAUGAAGGUGAGGGUCCACGGGGCCCCGGCGACCGUCUCCGUGCCCGCGGCCGAGUUGCGGCUGCUGACCUCGGAGCUGCAGCCGCAGGUGCGGGCCGUCGAGACCAGGUUCUCCGUGUGCGUGCGGCCGGGGGAGACGUCCCACCCCGAGACCGCCCGCUUCGACUUCGAGCCGCGGGGGCCGGGCCCCGACCUGUCGGUCCACGCCCGGGCGGCCUUCGUGGACGCCUUCCAGGGCCUCUCCUCGCAGCUGCAGCAGCGCGCCUUCCUCCCCAUCCCCGACAAGCCUCUGGACCAGGACCGCUUCUUCGAAGACUUCCAGAAGCAGCACCCCGACCUGGCCCUGGCCCUGGGCGGGGGGCUGGUCACGCUGCGGGGGCUGCCCGCCGUCCUCCUGGACGCCAUCCGGAGACUCCGGGACUAUUUCUUCCUGACGGAGACCUCCCCGGGCCCGCGGGCCGGAGACGACGGGGCCGGCGGUUCCGGGGCGGGAGAGGAGGCCGCCCGGGACCCCGGGGGUCUCGAGGAGGAGGAGGAGGAGGAGGACACGUGUCCGAUCUGCCUAGACACCAUGAGGGACAAGAAGACCCUGGACAAGUGUCGGCAUUCCUUCUGCUCUCCCUGCAUCCAGCAGGCCCUGAAGGUGAAGCCGGCGUGCCCCGUAUGCCAGAUGCUUUACGGGAAGGAGACGGGGAACCAGCCUCCGGGAACCAUGAGCACCUGUCAGCUGCUCACCGACCUUCCCGGCCACCCGGGCUGCGGCACCAUCGAGAUCCACUACGACUUGGCCCCCGGCGUUCAGGGCGACAACCACCCGUGCCCCGGGCAGCCGUUCAGGGGCACGCAUCGGGUGGCCUAUCUGCCCAACGAUGCCGAGGGCCGGGCCGUCCUGCGCCUGCUGAAAGUGGCCUUCGACCGCAAGUUGAUCUUCACCAUCGGCCAGUCUCGGUCCACCGCGGCCGGCAACGUCAUCACCUGGAAUGACAUCCACCACAAGACCUGCAUGACCGGGGGACCCACCAGUUUCGGCUACCCGGACCCCACCUACCUGCAGCGGGUCCGAGAGGAACUCAAGGCCAAAGGGAUCGAGUGACCGGACACCGGCGGGGUGGACAGAGGCCGGAGGGGCGGCCCGGACCCCUUCUGUCUGCUGCUUCCUCUCCCCUCACCCACUCCAUUGGACAGGCCUCGCCCUAGUGCUCAGAGCAAUGCUCUGCCCCCAGUAGGCGCUCAGUAAAUACCACUGAUGGAUUGA